AUUAAACACAACGGUUCAAUAGCCAUCUGUACUUGACGCUCGGGGAUUAAGUCUAAUAAUGGCUCAAAUUUAUAAAUUAUUUGGAAUCCUUUUAUUGCUUUUAUUUUUUGUACUUCAAAGUCAAACGAAACCAGUAGAAAAUAGUGGGGUAAUACCAGAUCAAGGUGAGAUGAUGGAGACUGCGGAGUCGCAAAACCCAUUUUUACCUCGUUUUGCUAUGAGGAGAUUAAAAGAGAGACGCCGACAAGCUCAAGCUGAAAGGAAAGCGUAUUUAGCACAAAGAAGAACUAAUCCACCCUGUACACGACGACAAAAGAUAAAAAUCGCAUACGCGUAAAUAUGAAGAUGCAAGUGAUUAUUCUGUUGGUGGUUUGUGUAGUCAGUGCCAUUGCAGAUCCUAUUUCAAAACAAAAACUUUCGGUCGAUAACAAGGAACCUUUGUCAGAAAGAAAAGCAACAGAAACAAAACACAGCGAAGGAUUGUUAAACAAUGUUGAACCAGAACAAAAGAACGACGCAGUGGGUACGGAUUUUGUAACAAAUGUUAAUGAUGAAAAUGGCGAAUACAGAGAUUCUAAUACGCAGAUUAUAAUCGAAAGUAUUGAUAGCUCAGUCGACGAGGUCACGUCGCCAUCUCCCAUGUUAAUCGAUAAUGACAUUGCGCUAAAUGGUGAUAUUUAUAGCAAUACACUAGUUAAUAACCCAGAUGAAAUAAUGGAAACAGCAGCCGGUUUCGUACCUAUUCCAAUAUUCAGUAAAAGACAAAAGGCACGUCGAAGAUUUGCAACACGACCUCAUUUCAAAAGAAACCCAUACGCAUAUAAGUACAGGGAAACGCAAUACUAUUAUCCUUAUUAUAGAUUUUAUUAUCCUAGCUCUCUAAAUUAUUAUUAAAUAGUCAUAUA